AUAUUAUGCUCUAUACUUUACACACAUAUAACGUUAAAUAACUCCCCAUACAUGACCGAUCUUGGCCAGUUGUCGACUAUACCGCUGAAAAAGGGCCAAAAUGACCCUGGGCUCGAAAUUGUACUCAGUAUGACGGAUUGCAUCCGCUAACUUCCACUAUGCGCACGCAAGCUGCUAUGAAAGAUCCUUUGGGAUGAGGUUGAACACUACGGCAUUGCAUUCAGGCUGAGAGUCAGCCAAACCUUGGUCUCACCAAACGUCUGCGAGAGGUUUGUAACAAUCACCAUUUAAGUUCCACAUGCCGGUUUCUCAACCGAUGCAUAACCUAGGAGUCGUCGGAAAAGGCAUGGCUUUUGGGAGAGACCCAAAGCCCAUCAAGGCCAUCUAUGCAGUAAGGGAAGUUGAUGACAUAGACAUCCCUACAAUUUACAAAACAAGGGGAAUGGCUUGUGCCGUUAAAGUUGGAGGGAGGUCACGUUUGCUAACUUGGCAAGGUGUAAUCAACGAACAAGAUCAAGCUAAGACAAUAAAAUUGCAUCGGUCUUCGAAAAAUUUUUUUACUGACCAGAAAAAUUAUCGGCUCGAAAUGUUACAGAUCAAUCAAGUUGGCAGUUUCUCGUUCAUUUCAGUAAAAGGAGGCAAUAAUACAUCCACGCUAAAUGAGGAUUUUAUAAUUCUUGAGUUGAGAGUUCCAGGAAGUACUGAAAACAUUGACGAUGUGUCUGCGUACUCAAUCAUGGGAUACAAAGAAAUAGUGAAAUUCACAUUCAAGUACAGUCAAGAAAAGAGAAAGUACGAACUUCAUUCUUCUGACAAGGAUUGUAUUUUCGAGAAAUCUUUCAUCCUUGGAUCCCCAAUCAUUAACGACAAGGACCAGGUCAUUGGUGUAGUAGGAGAGGAUCGUGAUGGAAAACUUCGUCCCUACUUCUUAACAGAGACAGAAAUUGAAUAUCAAGAAAAGGAACCUAGUGAGGGUGCCACUGGCAGUGUUCCAGAUAUCCCAAAUGCCUGUGGUCAUGACAAGACAUCCUUCAGUACCGAAACAGUCCUUGCUCUGGGGUCUGUUGAGAAAAAAUAUCAAGGAAAGGAACCUAGUGAGGGUGCAACUGGCAAUGUUCAACAAGUAGAUAUCACAGAUGCCUCUAAUAAGAAAUAUUCUGCUCCAGUACAUCCAUCAGAUCAGGAAGAGGGUAAAGAAUUGGGGAGCAAGCAGCAUGAAGUUGUGUUUGGUUAUGAGAAGACAUCCUCCAGUUCUGAAACAGUCCCUGCUCAGGAGUCUGGUGAGAAAAUCAGAAUGGGUAACAUUCCUCUUGAAUGGUUUCCAUACCUUGCAUUGGAUAUACAAGGCGACAUGGAAUGGAAAAAGCUUGGGAAAAGCUUAGAUCUGAGUGAUGCGGAACUCAAUGGUAUUGAGAUAGACAACGAUGAGGAAUACGAGCGAAGUUAUAAGAUGCUAAAAACUUGGUGGCAGAAAGGUGCUGCCUCCUAUGAAAAGCUUGCGUUUGCCCUAAGAAAGCAUGAGCUUGAAGAUAUUCGUCGAGACUUCUGUCUUAUGGAAUGCACUCCACCCCUAAAGAAAGUUGCGAAGUUGCCAGGGAACCUAAAGGAAGGACCGAUAGACAGCAAAGCUUUACCAGACAUAGCUGAGGCCGUGAUGGGAAAAUGUAAAAGACUGGGUAGGGCACUUGGGGUAAAAGAUAAUCGAUUAGAUAAGAUAGUGAUGGACAACCCAAAAAAAGGUUCUGAGCAGUCCUAUCAAAUAUUAAGAGCAUGGAAGCAGGCCAAAGGUAACGGUGCUUCUUACUACUCCCUAGCGCAAGCCUUGUACGACCGCACUGUCAGUUUGGGUAUAGUUGUGAAUGACUUUUGCCUCAAGAAAACCCAAUGAUAUUGUGGCCACAGGUGAAACCUUUUCUGAGUAGUUGUUUUCAGUGUGGAAAGCUAGCCAGAAAAAUUUCUCAAGUUUAGUAAAUUUUACAUCUUUGAUAGUAAUAUGCAAUCUUGUCAUUGCAAGAAUUUCGUUGUUAGACUAUAUUCACAAAAUACUCACAAGUUUGAUGGCGAAGAGGGUGGUGGGGGGAAGGGGGGCACCAGUCAUCUUUCUGGAUAUUCCCCUAGGUCUCUCCAUACACUGGUGGCCCCUAAAUCCAAGUAGUGUUCCUGAUGUUUUAAAUUAUUGUGUCUGAUAUUUUUAUUUUUGUUGCUGUUGUUCACUUGUGUAGUAAUAGUAGUCACGUGAAUUUAAAGACAAGGAAAAGCUUGGUGCCAUCAAUUUACAUACAUUUGAAGCUAGUAAAUAUAAAGCAAAAAAGCAGGGUCAAAAGCGAAAAAAUGUAAUUUGUGAUAAUCGCAAUUAGCAUAAAUUAAACUUUUGCCAGCAAUUAUCAGAGGACUGAAGGGGAGUGCAGUGCGGGGAGAGUUAUGGGAUCGUAGUUUGUAAUAAUUAUUUGAGAUCAUUUGUAGGGCGAGGUAUUUUACGGUCAGCCUUCGCCAUGUUAAGUUGGUCGGUUUCAUUUUUGUAUAAAUUUAUUAAGUCUUUUUUGUUUAGUUUUUUCCUGGAAUAUCGUCAUGUUCACAUCAGGUUUUACUAAGAGCUGUACUAGCAUGCUUCUUUAAGUAACUUUUAUGUACUUGUGUAUAUCAUGUUAUUCAUAGGAUACCCUAAGACCCGGAAGAUGGCACCACUGCCGUGGUCAGGGGUACACGUUCUCUUCUUUUUUUAUUCCAAGUGCCGGUUUUAUGGGUUUUCGUGUUUGGCUUUUGUGUGCAUUCAGUUUCCUUCACUGAACUGUAAUUAUGAUGAGCUCUUUUAAGCAUAAUAGCUUUAAAUAAACGGACUUGGCUAGCCAACGCGCCCAGAUAUCAACAAUUUGUGUGCUCGGUCGAGUAGUGGCGGCAAAAUAACGAAGGGGAACUAAGGAAAUGAAUGGUAGGACUUGGUCCUAGUAGCUUUUUAUCUCCACUGACUGCGGGAGAAUCUGGCAUUGGCUACUCAAAAAAGAGAUUUUUUAAUGAGAAAAAAAUUACUACAUUUGAAUAGUAUUCAAUUCCAUGCCCCUACCUGGGAGAAAAAUAAUUUUCUACUUGUGAGUAACUAGAUAAAUCAAGCAAACAAAAGAAUCCAGUUUAUUACGAUUACGCAUCUCCUCUUUGUUUGUGAGAAAUAAAUGUGCAACUUUUUUUCAGUACAACAUGAUUAGUGUAAUCUUC